AUGGAGGAUACAUUCGGCGCACCGGAUAAUUGGAUAGCAAGAGGUGGUGGUAUAUGUCCUCAAAUUGUCCGAGAACUUCAGAGGCGUCGCAGUUCCCAGUUGCCAGAAGCUUUGAAGUUACAACCAGGCGUGUUCAUUCGAGAACCCUACCUUUGGACGGAUCAGCUUCUCUAUAUCCGACUCCAGAGAUGGGGGGUUGGUGCUGAAUGUCCAAGAGAAACCUACGACAUUAUAGGACGCAUUCUUUGCCAAACUCUUGCUGUGCCCAGGGACUGCGAGCGUGCAUCAGUAUCUCAUACUUUAACCUUCUUUACUAACUAUCGCGCUGUCCAGAUCUAUUGCUGCCACGACCCGGAUGAAAAGCAAGCUGUUCAAGACCUUGGCCGAACAAGUUUUCAAUACCUCAAACCAUCUGAGGACAUUGAAAUCGAGGGCCAUACCUAUCACCAGUCCACGGAUAUCCUGUUCGAGCGAGCCCGGCCAUUUUUAGCCUGGGAGUGCAUAUAUCCAGAAGGUAUCGACAUGGAGGCCCUAUCGCCUAGAGAUGCCAAUGCCCAUAUCCGGGUCAAACAAGCGGCACUGAAGUCGAAGCAAGCUCCAAGACUGGCAAACAACAAGGAGAAGGAUCAUCCACCUCCUCCCCCGGAAGAAGUUCGGGAACCGCCAAGUACCGAUCGUCCCAAUGGCGCAAUCUAUAAAACUGGCAAAUGCCUUGGCAAGGGAGGAUUUGCAAUCUGCUACGAUGGACAACUCGUUGGCACGAAAAAAAGAUACGCCCUUAAGAUCGUGAAGAGUCACAUGCCACAGAAGAAAAUGGAGCAGAAGUUCCAGACGGAGCUCCAAAUCCAUUCCAAAAUGAACCACGCCAAUAUCGUCCAAUUCCACAGAGCUUUCUCUUACGAAAAGUGCACCUACAUCGUUCUGGAGCUCUGCCCAAAUGGAUCUUUGAUGGACAUGGUCAAAAAGCGAAAGUACAUCACCGAACCCGAAGUACGGUUUUGGACAGUUCAAAUGGCUGGUGCAAUUAAGUACAUGCAUGCUAAAGGCAUUAUCCAUCGGGAUCUCAAGAUGGGAAACAUCUUUCUGGACAAGGAUAUGAAUGUCAAAGUUGGUGACUUCGGACUAGCAGCUCUUCUCAUGUCCGGCAAGGAUUGGCAGGCUUGCCGACGAACAACACUUUGUGGUACACCGAACUACAUUGCCCCCGAGAUCUUAUCCAAAGAUAAGGGUGGCCACGAUCAUGCUGUGGAUAUCUGGAGUUUAGGCAUUAUUAUUUUUGCAAUGCUCACUGGCAAGCCCCCUUUUCAGUCGGCCACAGCAGACGAAAUAUACCGCAGAGCUCGAGAGCGAGAGUAUGAUUGGCCAAAAUUGGACACGUCUGAGAACUUCAUUUCAGAAGAAACCAAGAACCUCGUUACUGAACUGCUUCAAUCAGCUGAAAAAAGACCUGAUCCGGACACCAUCGUGCAACACCCGUUCUUCACUUGUGGCUGGGUACCUCAAUCCGAGGAAAUGACACCAUCUCUCCGCGAGAGGCAUCCGGAGCCCAACCAGUUCCUCUCAGUCGGCAUGCGAGGAGGCAGAACAAACCUCUACACCAGAAAUCUGAAGAAAUUGUGCAUGAAGUGCGAUGUUGGGCCCUGGACUGCUAGACCAAAGCAGCAUACAAGCACUUACCGAGAAGUAGCUGAUGAGGAGAAAGCCGGUCUCACGCCGGCAGUGCCACUGCCUGAGGAUAUUGUCUAUCGACCAUUCCAUGAAGUUCUGGCAGAUGAAGCGAAUAUUUUAUCAGAGCAGGCCGACGGAGCCUCCAAGGCGCAAAUUGUUGUGGAUAUGAUUCUUUCCCCAGUCAAGUCGAAGCCUAAUGAACAACCUACUGUGCCCAUCAAGUCAUCAACUCAAAGCUUUGCCGCCCAACAGCGUGCCAGACCCCAAGCAACUCUUGGUGGCGCAGCUUCACGACUUGUCAAGUCUCGUCAACCUGCACAAGAAAGUUCAUCACGUCCUCUUAUCACCAUCAAUCCUAGAGGCAGACCCCGGAAAGUUGAGCCCGCUGAACCAGAAAAGGUUGUUGAUGUAGAGGAUCGACUAGCAGCAGACCUUGUCAAUCAGCUUAACAAGGCAGAGGCUGAGCGAAAGUCGGCCGAAGUCGAUGCUCCUACUAUUUCUUUGAACGUUAAUGCAUCGCUGUUCAACCCCAAAGAAAAGUUGGAAGCUCUGCCAAACACAGCCCCGGAUCAUAUCCUAGAGAGUCUCAAACGCUUCCAAGCCGAAUUGGAGCGUGCCCUGAACAGUAGGUCGACUGCUCUGGAAAGCAAGAGCGAUAACAGGAAAACUCCCACCAUCGUGGUCAAGUGGGUUGAUUACACGAACAAAUUUGGAUUAGGCUAUAUCUUGAGCAACGGUAGUGUGGGUUGCAUAUUCAAGGCGACCCCCGCAUAUGCCGAUGACCCGAACAAAGGUCAUAUCCCACCAACAUGUGUCGUGAUCAGAGACGCGGAGAGACAUCUGCAGAACAGAAACAAUCAGGCUUACACUGAUCGACACCAAAUCGUACCCAUUUCAGGGCCAAAUAUCGAGUUCUAUGAGAACAGAGGAGAGAAGGGAAUCUUCCGUGGAAAGGUCAGCCCCCAAAACUUCAAAGUGCCCGUUAGCGAAGAUGGUGAAGCUGCCAGGCUCACUCGAGGACGGGAUGAAUGGGAUACUCGAAAGCGGGAGAAGAUCGUUCUUUGGAAGAAAUUUGCGAAUUACAUGACUGCAUUUGGCAGAGAUCAGGACUAUCCAUACGACGAAGUAUUGUCCAGAUCGUCCCCAGACCGAUCGUCCGACAAUGUUGCGCCUGGUAAUGUUGUGACGUUUUAUCAGCGGUUUGGAGAUGUUGGCUGUUGGGUAUUCUGUGACGGCCACUUCCAAUUUAAUUUCCCUGACCACACAAAAGUUAUCCUCUCUGCCGAUGGUACAUGGUGUGAUCUUUAUCACCUUCCACUCGAAGCUGCUCGUGAUCUUUCCAUCAGAGGCACCAUUUCUGCAUCGGCAUUAGAUGAUCGUCGAGUUCUCUCCUACCCAUUACAGACAUUGCUCAACUUUAUGAGCAAACCUACGCGCACUGGCAAGUCGACUACUCGAAAGCGGCCAGAGAUAGACCCUAUGCUCCAAGGCAUCCCUCAAGCCAACGAUUUCCGGAAGAAAAUUGAGUUCAUCAGACAAGUUGUCAAUGAAUGGACCUCCAACGGCGGCAUUGGCCUCAGUGACACGUCCAUCGAGGGUCGUCUACGAUGGACUGGAAGCCGAGAGCUUAUCAAUGUCAAGAUUCCCUACAAACACGUCUGGGUUACUGUCGGCGGGCCGGGUAGCGACGACCGAAAAGUCGCCUGGUUCGACCCCCGUAAGCCAUCUGCCCUGAUCCCGGAUAUUGAAUAA